AUGUCAGAGAUAACGAGUUCGAAGGUAACUUCGUCUUCCACUAUCGAUUCUGUUUCACGAAAGUGGAAAGAGAAGCCAGAUAUCUCGACCAAGAUUUCACAUGACGAUGCAAUGACGGACGAUAUUGUUCCGGAACUCUGCUCCGCUGCCGAACAAGCCAUUAAUUUUAAUCCGGACGAGUAUCUUCAAGCAUUUUAUUCCAUGCCAACAAAAGAUGUAGCGAUGCAUACCAUACUUUUUUUUCUUCCCGGAAUUCUCUACUGGAUUCCAGAAGAAAUUCGGACACUACUCGAUCUCGGAGCUGGCCCUACUGUUUAUGUGCCAAUAACAUUUCGGAAACAUGCCAAGCAUAUUUAUAGUGCAGACUGUGCAGAAAACAGUUGCAACAUGUUGAAAAACUGGGCCAAAAAUAAAUCAUCGUUUGAGUGGACAGAAGUAUGUAAAUGGAUAGCCUCUAUCGAAGGCUCGAAUGAGCUACCAGUUGUUAUGGAACAGAGCGCCCGCAGCAGGUUCAAAGCCGUUUUGCGGGCUGAUUUACACGCUGAACCAACCAUCAAAUGUGUGCAUUACAAAUGUUCAGACAGCGAUGAUAUUCCCCAACAGUUCCAUGUAGUUGUGUCCAUAUUUUGUUUAGAAUAUUCCAGUGAAAAUUUGGAAGGUUACCGUCACGCAGUCCGUAGUGCAGUGAAUUUGAUUGAACCAAAUGGAUUUUUGAUACAGGGUGGAGUUCUCCAAGCAAAUGACUAUUAUUUCGGCAAUAAACGUUACAGAUGCCAUCACUUAACCAAAGAACAAGUUAUCGAAUCUCUAAAGGAAAACAAUAUGGCAGUAGAGAAAGAAAUGACACUACUGAAAUAA